AUGCCUGAAUACUCAGUCUUACUCCCUACCUAUAAUGAAAAAGAAAACCUGCCCUUAAUCACAUAUCUGAUCAUGAAAACUGCUGAAGAAGCCAAACUUGACUUAGAAAUCGUCGUGGUCGAUGACAACAGUCCAGACGGCACCCAAGAAGUAGUUCACCAAUUGCAAAAAGUUUACCCUGAAAAAAUAAAGCUCCACACAAGGCCUGGAAAGCUUGGACUUGGCUCAGCUUAUAUUGAAGGUAUGAAAUUCUGCUCAGGCAAUUUUGUAAUCUUAAUGGACGCUGAUUUGUCACAUCAUCCUAAAGAGAUCCCAGAAAUGAUAAAAAAGCAAAAAGAGACUGAUGCUGACAUUGUGACAGGGACGAGAUAUGCCCAUGGUGGCGGGGUUUAUGGAUGGGAUUUAAGACGAAAACUGACAAGUAGGGUCGCAAAUUUUAUUGCGUCGACGUUAUUGAAUCCAAGAUGCUCAGACCUUACAGGAAGCUUUAGACUAUAAUCUAUUUUCUAUAAAUUAAUAGACUGUUUUAUGCAUAAUUUUUUUUUAAAUAUUCAUGUAUAAAAAAAUAUAAAAAAUCAGUAUUAAACAUAGUCAUGAACAGAAUCAAAAGCAGAGGCUACGCUUUCCAAAUGGAAGCUAUUGUUAGGGCUAGAGAAGAGCACUAUCUUAACUGAACUUAAAUUAUUCGGUGUUUAAGAUGUCUAGUGCCGCACUCUAUUUAAAGAAAUUUAGCUAAACUAGUGACGUCACGGAGCCAUCUUGGAAUCGCGGUGGUCAGCCCAACGGCCAAGCUUUCUAUCAACGCUCCGUCCCCAGCCGCCACACAUCUCACCCGGCGCGUUGUCGCCGCUCUGCCCUGACUCAGCUCCUGCGCGUGUUCCGCCUAAGGGUCAUCCUCCAGUGGGGAUGUACUGAGAGGUAAAGCUCCAAGCCUCUUGAAUGCACUGAAGUGCUGUUCCUUUGAUUAUCCCCAAAGUUAAACAGCUAUUGCUGUGCAGAAGUUCUCGAAAGAAAGCCCAACCCCAUAAAUAAAAUUCCAUGAGGGAGAGAAAAUUAGCAGAGCUAAUUUCUCUCGAACCGAUGCCAUUUUAUUUGAGAAGAGCACUAUCACAUUGAAGAAGUCCCAAUUACCUUUGUAGACAGAAUCUUCGGAGAAUCCAAAUUAGGUGCGAAUGAAAUAAUGACCUAUCUUAAAGGUGUAUGGAAUUUAUUAUGGGAUGCCAGAUUCUGACUCUCUCCUUUAGCUAUUUUCUGGCCAUUUUUUAUUUUAUUUUUAAUAUUUUUAAGGAAAAAAAAAAUAUAGAUUUUAAUCAGGGAGAGGCUAA